AGCAGCAGAGGAGGAGAGAAUGAACUGGAGGAGCAGAGGGACGAGGAGCUGGAUUCAGUCAGUCAGGCAGCGUCUGAUGGACACGAGGAUGGGGAGGAUGAGGAGACAGAAAAGACAAGAUUCUCCCCGUGAAGGAGGCGUGGAAGGACAGCGGCAGCAUCUCUGCAGCUACACAUAGACGUGCCUCUGGUGCAUUCCCCCGGCAAACCCUCCAUCAAUUAGAAAGGAGAGACUCUUCAGAAGAGAAAUGACAGGAGCAGAGCCGUGCAUCUGUGUCAGGAAGCCCUCUAGUGGCCACGGUGUUCUCAUUACCAACGUCCCAGAAAAUCGAAGCUUAUUGUGUCCCGAGGAGAGGUUUCAGCAAGAAAUGUGGCUUCUCUUCACUCUGUAAAAAGACCGCGAGCUCAACAAAACAACCUGAGCCCAGGAGGCGAACAACAGCACGUUUAGUCGAACAAUAGCUGCCAGAACAAAGAGUUUCAGUCGACAGAUUGAGUCGUGUACGGCAUCAUAAUGGCCUCAUCUGACUUUUCAUCAGAACACUAUGAAUGUUGUUACAUGCAACGGACGAGCAAUGACAGAUGCCUUAAAAAGAAGGUUUUCUGUUGCUAAGCGGAAGUGAAUGAUCAAGGUUGUCUGGACCCGUCCUGACACAAAAGAUCCAGGAAAAUGAAGGACAUGUGAACUGCGAAAACAGUGUCCAUGUUUUUCUUUCUUUUAUUACUCAAGAACAUCACUUUCUCUCCCAAUAUGAAGAUGUUCUUUGGUACUGUCUAUCCGUGGAUGUUUUCGUCAUGUACUUUCCGUCAAUGUCUGUGAGGAAUUUCACUUCAAACGUGUAAUUCCUCGACAAAGAAGAGACCAGGAUCUGAUCAGAACCACAAAAUGCCCAAAAAAUGCGAAAGACAGAUAACUGGACUUGUUGGGUUUAUUGAAGACGUUUCAAACAAGUCUUGACCGGAUUGGUGGAGGAGUUGGGGGUUUAAACAGGAAUAUCGGUGGAUGUUACCCAUCAGAAACUCGCAUGACUGGUGUCUGUUAACGGCCAGAUACUUACCUCUCGAUGGAGGAGACUGCUGUUUGAUCCUGUCAAGUAGAAAAUCUGCAUCACGUAUCCACCAAAGGUGACAAUGGAUUUUAAUGAGAGCCACGACUAUUGGGCCUAUCCAACGAGGUCGCCCUACAACGCAAGCAUGGACUAUGAGGACUACUACCAGGACACCAGCACCAGUAAAAUCAUUAUCCCAUCCAUCUACGCUCUCGUCUGUUGUGUGGGUCUCAUCGGCAACGCCAUGGUCAUCUACGUGAUCCUGAAAUACGCCAAGAUGAAAACAGCCACAAACAUUUAUAUUCUCAACUUGGCCAUCGCCGACGAGCUGUUCAUGCUGAGCGUUCCCUUCCUGGCCACGUCGGCGGCGGUCCGUCACUGGCCCUUUGGGUCGCUGAUGUGCAGACUGGUGUUGAGCGUGGACGGCAUCAACAUGUUUACGUCCAUCUUCUGCCUGACUGUGCUGAGUGUGGACCGGUACGUGGCGGUGGUCCACCCGAUCAAGGCCGCUCGCUACCGCAGACCGACUGUCGCCAAAGUGGUCAAUGUUUGCGUCUGGGGGCUUUCGCUCGUCGUCAUCCUGCCCAUCAUUAUCUUUGCAGACACCGUCCCCGCGCAGGAUGGUGGCGUGGACUGCAACUUCUUGUGGCCUGAGGCCGUGUGGUCAGAAGCGUUCGUGGUCUACACCUUCCUGCUGGGGUUUCUCCUGCCGGUCGGAGCCAUCUGCUUAUGCUAUUGUCUGAUGGUGGCCAGAAUGCGAGCAGUGGGACUGAAGGCUGGGUGGCUUCAGCGGCGGCGCUCGGAGAAGAAGAUCACGCGUAUGGUGCUUCUGGUCGUGACGGUGUUCAUUCUCUGCUGGAUGCCGUUCUACAUCGUCCAGCUGGUCAGCGUUUUCCACCGGCCUCCCGAUCCCAUGGUCACCCAGCUUUUCGUCAUCCUCAGCUACGCCAACAGCGGCGCCAACCCUAUUCUGUACGGCUUCGUGUCGGACAACUUCCGGCGUUCGUUCCAGCGCAUCGUGUGUUUCCGGUGGCUGGAGUCCGGGCUGGAUGCAGAACAGGUGGAUUACUGUGCUGUGGCAUUAAAGAGACAGGCAACGUGUAACCCCCUAGACUUCCCCAAGGACUGCAUGGCUUCUGAUAUGGUUUUCCGCAACGGGACGUACACCUCUCGUACAACUACGGUUUAACAUUCACCAAGGAUGAGAAUUAAAUGGGGGAGUAGCAGAUGUGUAAAGAUACAUUUCCCAGCCUUGGAUCUGCACAGAGGAAAUUAAUGACCAUGAACUGGUCAUAUCCUGUAAUCUCCUCGGCAGUGUGCCAAAAGAAGACUGAAUCAGCAACAUGUGAAUUCUCUGAUGUGUUCUAAGAGUUUUGGGACCUUAAAGUCACAGGCCACACUACUGAACACAACUUGAAUGUAAGCCCACAGUGGUAGUUAUUGGCUUAUAAACAUUUGGAUUCAGAAAUCGAACGAGACACUGAGAGGGCGAUGAAGAAAUAUUAAAUGUGAAAUGUUUUUGUCAGAGUUUAAUUAUUUAUUUAUGUGACUUAAAUGAACCGUCUACUGCUGAAUGGGUUAACACAAGUGUUACCGAGCCCACUGACAAAAGUACACUGACAUAUGUACACCGAUCAGCCACAACAUUAUGACCUUGUCUUGUAACAAUUCAAUGUUCUGUUGGGAAACUUUGACAUUCUUUCAUGUGGAUGAUACUUAGACAUGUGGCACCCACCUAGACCAGACCAGACACCCCCCACCCUGGAACAUGCCUGAUCUGACUCCAAAUUCGCUAGAUCCCAAAGUAUCUGUGGGAUGAUCCACAGAGGCCCCUCCCCUCAACCCGUAGGACCCAAGGAGGCACAAUGGAGACCUUCACAAUGUUUGGAAGGUGGUCACAAUGUAGAAGUCUAAAGGGGCAACUGACAUGGAUGGAAAAAUUGCCAAAAUGCUAAAGUCAACCGAACAUUGUUUGCCGCCUCCAGCACUAACCCCCGGUGUUGCCUAAUCAGUCAGGGAGAUUUUUUCAUAGUCGUAUAUAUAAUGUCCUACUGCUAUCUUUAUACAGAUAUUCGUUGUUAAUAUUUAAGUGUUGUUCUUGUGAAGCUGUGCAAAGGUUUUAGGCAGGUAACUAAGGAUGCUUUUUAAAAAAAUAUAAAUAAUAAAUUUGUAGUUGUGAGUAAUUGCACCUAACCUCCACCAUGCUUCCCCGUUGCCUGCAGAUACUCGUUAUCGUUCACGCUCUCCAUCUUCUGCUAAAGCCAAGUACUAUUUUUCAUUCUGACUCAUCAGUCCAGAACACCUGCUGUUACUCCUUGGUUCCCCAGUUCUUAUAUUCUCCUGCAUAGUUGAGUCUCUUUUCUUUGCUUCCUGGUGGGAGGUUUUGGAUUUUUGGCUGCGACUCUUCCAUGAAGUCACUUCUAGUCUAGAUUUCUCCAGACAGCUGAUGACUGUACCUGGGUUUUUCAUCUGCAAGUUUCCUAAACUCCAUCUACGAUCCUGCAAAACCCCUGACAGCAAGUUGUAGUAACUCCAGAUAUUGAUUUGCUGUUUUGUUUUUUGUUUUUUUGCCUAAAACUUUUGCACAGUCCUCUUUACCGUGAGAAACUAAGAAAGAAAUUAAAUGUUUACUAUUAAGUAUCAGCUCUCUCUCGUCUAAAUCUGUGUUUGUUAACGUUUCAGCAUAUUCAUUUGUUCUGUCCCGAUAUAUGAAUUCAUCUCCCUCUGUGUCCCAGCUGGGUCACCCCAUGUAACCCUGGUAGCGCUCAGG